AUUAGCCGCUUGAAAUUGAAUGUUAUUAUUAUUUUUGUUCCUUUAUGGAGAGAGUUGAUUUUGAAUAUUCCAUGAUCUCAUCCAUUCCCCAUCUGCAACUCUGCAGAGAGAGUCCGUGUUGUGUUGUGUUUCAGAGAGAGAGAGAGAGCAGUCCCUGCUCUAGAAUAGAGUGAAAUGGGCCAUACGGUAUCAAGAUCUUCUACGAGUGGCCUCAGUUCAGAGGUCUCUUCUCAUUCAUCUUCGGAAUCUCGACGCUCUCGAUUCCGGCGAUUCCUCAGACGACACCGUCCUCACGAUGGUGAUCGCGACGAUGGAGCCCCCACCACCAAGAACCUCACUACUGAAAAUUUCUCCGGAAUUGCUCUAAUUCAACUCCAAAGCGCUGAGAUGCAGUUCAAAGACAAGUGGUUUGCCUGUGUGUCUCUUGGGGAACAGACUUUUCGAACUACCACCUCUGAGAAUACAGAUAAGCCCGUUUGGAACUCUGAGAAGAAAGUCGUGUUGGAAAGAAAUGGGCCUCACAUUGCACGCAUAACAGUGUUUGAGACCAACAGGCUUUCCAAAAAUAAUCUGAUCGGUUAUUGUGAGAUUGACAUUCUAGAGGUUCUCAAUCGUGAGUCGGAUGAUAUCUUUGAAGUACUAGAUUUGAUCGAUCCGGUUUCUCCUAGCAAAGUUGUGGGUACAAUAUCUCUGUCAUACAAUGUUGAGGAUCCCAUAGAAACAGAGAAGAGUUUUGCACAUCGCCUCUUGGCUAUAGUGGACUAUGAUGAAGAUGACCACUUGUCUUUCUCUGAGUUCAGCGACUUAAUUUGUGCAUUCGGUAAUGAGCUCGCCGCUAGCAAGAUUGGGGAGCUUUUCAAAAAAGCAGACAAGAACGGGGAUGGUGCGGUCAGCAUUGAAGAAUUAUCAGAUCUUCUCGCUGUUCAACAAGAACAGGAAUCACUCAUAAAUUGCUGCCCUGUCUGUGGUGAAAGUCUUGGAAAAUUUGAUCAGUUAAAUGCUGUUAUUCAUUUGACUCUUUGUUUUGAUGAGGGGACAGGAAAUCAGAUUAUGACUGGAGGAUUCUUGACUGAUAAGCAGGCGUCAUAUGGAUGGAUGUUCAAAUUGAGUGAAUGGGCACAUGUUUCAUCAUAUGGGAUAGGCCUCAAGUCCGGAUCAGCUUCUUCACACAUUCUGGUAUUUGAUAGGAGAACCAAGAGGCUUAUAGAAGAACUCAUUGAUCCCAAAAUUGUUCUUUCGUUACGAGCUAUUUACCAAUCAAAGAUUGGUCUAGGGCUUAUUGAUAAGGGAGCCAAAGAUAUCUUGCUCAACAUUUCUAAGAAGCAAGGGAAGCGAAUGGAUUCACCUGAAUCUGCUAAAGACAUCCCCAAAUUCAUUGAAUUCUUUAAUGAUCGUAUCAACAUGGAUGAGUUUAAGUACCCCGUCGAACAUUACAAGACAUUUAAUGAAUUUUUCAUUAGAAAGUUAAAACCAGGUGUUCGACCAAUUGCAUAUGAAGGAAACAAUGGUGUGGCAGUUUGCGCUGCCGAUUGUCGCUUAACAACAUUUAAAUCAGUAGAUGAUAGUUUAAGAUUCUGGAUCAAGGGUCGUAAGUUUUCUGUUCAAGGCCUCUUAGGGAAGGAUAUUUGCUACAAUGCUUUAGAUGAAGGAUCUUUGGCAAUAUUCCGUCUGGCCCCACAGGAUUACCAUCGUUUCCACGUUCCAGUCUCUGGAACCAUUGAGAAAUUUGUGGAUAUUCCUGGAAGCUUGUACACUGUUAAUCCUAUAGCUGUGAAUAGCAAGUACUGUAAUGUCUUCACUGAUAAUAAGAGAGUGGUCUCCAUAAUUUCAACCGAAGAAUUUGGAAAGGUGGCAUUUGUUGCCAUUGGAGCUACGAUGGUUGGUAGCAUCACCUUCUUAAGAAAGGAAGGAGACUAUGUCAACAAGGGAGAUGAGUUUGGAUAUUUUUCGUUUGGUGGCAGCACUGUCAUGUGUGUUUUUGAGAAGGAUGCGAUCGAGAUAGAUACCGACCUCCUUGCAAAUAGUGAAAGAUCACUCGAGACUUUGGUUUCUGUGGGGAUGACAUUGGGUGUCUCCAAACGGAGAUCGAAUGAUAUCAGAAGGCCUACUUUGGAGGAUAGCAUCGUGGGCAACCCUACUUAAGAGUGUUAAAACUUUUAAGAAUCGAAAGUGACUGCAUUUCAUAUUUUAUUAUGAGUUGAUCUGCAAACCUAUUUGUAUAUUUUGUAUUGUUCAAGCUAUUUACAACGAUGAUUAAUGUAAAACUUGGUGUAAAGUGGGUUCCAAGGUUUCUGAAUGUAUGAGACAUGUAUUUCUAGGAUCGAAGUGCAUUUUGAUAUAGGAAGAUGAUACUUUUCUGUGCU